GAAGAUUUGUAUUUGAUUUGUCUAUCCUCGCUAUCUCUGUAAACCCCUCGAGUGAGUGCUACAUUCAUUCAUAUCCACAAAGGUAGUAAAUAAUACAACGGAGUAGAUAGCAUUUUUAAUACUUCAUUUCUGAAUGCAAUAGCUUGGAUCGUGCUCCCCGACGUGCAAGAAUGACAGCCUGGCAUCUGCGCCGUGGCGGGUUUUGAGAUCGCGCGGAGGGGGGCGACUUUGCAGCCUGCACAUAUCAUCUACUCCGGUGUUGGUCCGCAGGUUCGUAAUCGUGUCCGGACGAGACGUAAGUAUUGGUGUCUGGACGACGACUCGCAGUCGCUCCUCACUUCUGACUUGCAGCUGCUGCAAGAAAUUUUUCAACGGAGUCGUGGUGAAGAUACAGCAGCACUCUCUGCGGUGUUAACAGAGGCGAGAAAUUUGAGGUUCGUGAAUUUUUGCAAGCGGCCUUUGUCUCAUCACUGCGAAGCUAAGGAAAAAUGGCGGUGGCGGCAGAUCCUGAGCCGCGAAGGGUCGGCAGUGCGGCAUUGAACAAAUAUAAACUGGUUUUUCUGGGCGAGCAGGCUGUGGGAAAGACGUCAAUAAUCACGCGGUUUAUGUACGACACCUUCGACUACAAUUACCAAGGUACAACUUCAUAUGGUACAUGUAUUUAUUCUAUGAUGUUGUAGCAACCACCGCGGCGUGUACAGAAGUUGAUUCAUGGCAGCUCGAUCGUAGUUUAUCACAAUAUCGAAGGGCCAGAAUGAUGAUUUCUUUUGGCGAGACCGCCUUUCUGAGCACCUGAUGUCAAUUUUUGCAGUUACAACUCGACGUUCCCCAAAUGUUAUUUCAGCAACAAUCGGUAUAGACUUCUUGUCAAAAACGAUGUACUUGGAAGACCGAAGUGUCAGGCUGCAGCUUUGGGACACAGCGGUAAUACUGAUGUGCUCUCUGAUUUAUUUUACUCUCAGUUGUUCUAUUAAGAUUUUGAAAAGUUCUUGGCAGCAAAUCUAUCCUCGCAAGAUUAACCUACGUGUUUUUCAUACCGGAACUCAAAGCGUAACCUUCAUCUAUGAGAUCCUAAUCUGUUGAUUUCGAGAAAGCAAGAAAUGAAUAGCACAUUGACAACGUGAACAGGGCCAAGAGCGGUUUCGGAGUUUGAUUCCGAGUUAUAUCCGAGACAGUAGUGCUGCGGUAGUGGUUUACGACGUGACAAAUCGUGCGAGCUUCAUGAAUACGCAGAAGUGGGUAGAAGACGUGCGGAGUGAGAGAGGGCAGGACGUCGUUAUAAUCUUGGUACUUAUCCAAAGCGCUUGCGUACUAUAAUCUAAUUAUGCAUUCUUGAAUACCUGAGACGAUCGAGGACGAAGAUAAAGACGAGGAUAUGGAGUCCGUCGAAAUUCCUACUUACAAGAGACAAAAACUAUCAGAAUGUUUGAUCAACAAUUAUAACUCCUAACUAUCAAAAUUUUCUAGGUCGGAAAUAAAAGCGACAUUGCUGACAGGAGACAAGUGUCAACAGAGGAAGGGCAACAACGGGCGGCAGAAUUCAACAUCAUGUUUAUCGAGACGUCUGCAAAAGCGGGGUACCAGUUUUUCUUCUUCAAGAAGCAGCAUGUUGCUGCUCUAUAGGUCUUCUCUCGACGGAAAUUUAUAGGGAACGCGCUGCAGCAGCAGCUAGUAGCUUUGACACCCGACAUGGCAUCAAUCUCCGUUGAUUACAAAAUCAGCAAGAUCUCGACAACAAAGACUUCUUCUACUAUAAAAAAUUAACAGGAGCAAUGUGAAGCAGCUUUUUCGGCAGCUGGCUUCUGCGUUACCAGGCCAAGAUAGCGUCGCAGAUAGCGCUCCCAGUGCUGUCGAGAAUGUUGUGUUGCAUAACACACCGAACGAGGCCGGUACAGUUAGAAUUGGUCUUUGAAAGUGUGGUCUUAAAGGAAGCUGUUGGCCAAUGAAUCAAUUGUAAUAAGUAUUACUCGUCAUCAUGAUUCACCAUCAUGCGCAUACUAACACUAUCGAUCAUUCAGGUAAAGACAGCGAAAGCAAGUGCAACUGCUGAGUUGCAGAGUGGACGACUGGCAGAAAAAGAUAGACCGAAGAUUUUGUGUCAAAGUGUUACGUAGCAGCUUUUUUUAGAGUUCAGUUCGUUUGUGGACAAAGUUAAGAAUCAGACCAUGAUUAGACCGUUUCGAGAGUAUCUAUAAGUCCUUUUGUAGCAUACUGCAUAUACAAAUAAUUUCUGUAGCCCGGGUAUGUCGCUAUUGCUUGGGAAAGUAUGCGAUUGGCCUCAAAUGGGAAAGGCAGCUAUCACGCCGGCAAAUUAACAUGACGAUAUCCCAGGCUAGUUGUGAAUAUAUCCCCAUCAAUUUUGACCUUACGUACACGAUCAUGAUCGGUCUUUACAACAAUCAAGAAUGGAACAGGGACAAUGAGCGUCCUUGAUUUCUUAGGUAUAGGAUUUCCGCAGGGAGCCGAGGGCAGAAUUCUUCUUAGUCGAACUGGUUAAGGGUUCAGAGCAUUUGUGGCAGGCUGAUAAAGUGGAGAGAGAAGACUUCCGUGUGCUGACACCAAAAGCUAUCACCGCAAGGUUUCCUACGAAUUUUCACAGUAUAUAGUUCUCUUGCCUCGCACAAUCAGUCUCAAACCAGCGACGUCAGUUCUAGUAGGAGUUGUAUGAUCCUCGAGAAAUACGCAACACGAC